AUGGUGUCACAAACAAGAUCUGUCGUCCGAUUUCUCUUCAUUUGCCUUAUAGUAUCUCCCUUCUGUGGUUUUGCACUUUCCGCAACUUUGCCCACGCAAGAAGUGGAGGCCUUGAGGAUUAUAGGGAACACCUUAAAGAAGAAGACAUGGAAUUUUAGCGUGAACCCAUGCGACGUUGCAUCGAAUGUAGGUGGAUGGAGAAACCCUAACCCUGUUGAAGGGUCUGAAGACGCCGUCACUUGCGAUUGCUCUUUCCUUAAUGGAACCGUUUGCCAUGUCACAAGCAUAGUUUUGAAGACACAAGACCUUCAAGGGUCUCUUCCGAAGGAGUUUGUAGGGCUUCCUUACCUCCAAGAGAUUAAUCUCGCGAGAAACUAUCUCAACGGUUCAAUACCUCCAGAAUGGGGAGUUUUGCCACUUGUCAAUAUCACACUUCUUGGAAACCGUCUAAGUGGUCCAAUUCCCAAAGAGAUCGGAAACAUUACUACUCUAAGAAGCUUUGUCUUGGAAUACAAUCAGCUAUCCGGGAUAUUACCUCAAGAGCUUGGGAAUCUAUCAAACCGUCAACGACUGUUUCUUAGCUCAAAUAACUUCAGCGGGGAUAUACCAACUACCUUUGGCAAACUGACCAACUUGACCGACUUCCGUAUAAGCGACAACAGUCUCACAGGAACUAUUCCAGAUUUCAUCGGGAAUUGGACAGAACUUGAGAGUUUGGUUAGCCAUGCAAGUGGUUUAGCAGGACCCAUACCUGUUUCUAUUGCUGGUCUCACAAAGUUGGAGGAGCUGAGAAUCAGCGACUUGCCUGGACCAGGAUCUCCAGUUCCCCCGCUACAAAACAUUUCAAAGAUGAAAACAUUGGUUCUUCGGAAUUGUAAUCUUACAGGAGAGCUACCUUCAUUCCUUGGAACCAAUACUACUCUCUUGGAAAACUUAGAUCUUAGCUUUAAUCAAUUGAGUGGACCAAUCCCCAGCACAUAUACUGCACUUAGAGAUGUGGCACAUCUAUAUCUGACGGGGAAUAAGUUAAAUGGGUCAGUCCCAAAUUGGAUGGUAAAGGAAAGAGAUGGAGAUACAAUUGAUCUGACCUACAACAAUUUCUCCGAAGACACAAACACUCAGGAAUGUUUUUUCGAAAGAAUGAAUCUCUUCGCAAGUUCUUCUUCAAUGACAAACAACUCCUUGAAUGUUUACUGUUUGAAGAGCUACCAGUGCGCUAAAAAUUUCUAUGGUCUUCAUAUAAACUGUGGUGGGGAUGAGGUGAUAAUCAAUGGUACUAAGUACAAUGCUGAUACAUAUGAUAGAGCCCCACAUUUUUUCGAAAGCACAAUAAAUGGUUGGGUUUCAAGCAACACAGGAAACUUUAUAGAUGACCAUCGAGUUCCCGAGGGAUCAGGAAAUAUAUGGAAUAGUACAUCUGAGCUCAAGAUGAUAGAUCCUCAACUCUAUGCACAAGCUCGCCUCUCAGCCGUCUCACUCACUUAUUAUGCAAUGUGUAUUGUUAAUGGAGAUUACAAUGUUAAUCUCCAUUUCGCUGAGAUCAUGUUGAAGGAUGGCCAAACUUUUAAAAGUUUGGGUAGACGUAUCUUCGACAUAUACAUCCAGGGAAAGCUCAUGGUGAAGGAUUUCAACAUCGUAGAGGAGGCAGGAGGUGUCGGAAAAGUUGUCAUCAAGACAAUUCCAGUUACGAUUACAGAUGGUAAGUUGGAGAUACGGUUGUCCUGGGCGGGGAAAGGAACUGUAGCUAUUCCCGACAAAGGUGUUUACGGUCCACUCAUAUCGGCUAUAUCCGUGGAUCCAGGUAUGGUGAAUGAAUUAUUGGGUGUUCUAUUUAAUGACUGCUCGUAG